ACUACAGAAGUGGAACAACCUGUCGAUCACCAUCACCGGUCACCAUCAAAGUUGCGAACUUUUAAAGUCACGGCCUGAAACAGGACAUUUCUUGUACUUAAUGACCAGGGAUGGUUUGACGUUAUAAAGUGGCAUAAGUAUAUAUUUACAGCAACGUCCUCAACAUAAUUUGAAUUGAAAACAAACAAGUUUUCAGCGAACUGGAUUGAUACUCCGAACGUAUAUACUAUACAUACACGCCCCCUGACCCCUUGACUUUCGGGGAAGAGCGAGCUCGGUCACCGACCAACGCGGAGAGCGCGGGUUUCCUCACAUUUGCACUGGAGUGCGGUCAUAUUUAUUUUGUUGGUGAUGGGAUACGCAAGUGGUAGUUUUGCUGCUGGCUUUCCAACUGAAUUUAUGGAAUCUAUGCUCUUCUCGCGUUUUGAUUUCCGCCUGACGGACUAACAAUGGAAUCUCGUGUAUGGAUUUGUUUAUUUUGUCUGACUUUGGUUUCGACAGUGCCAAGACUGGUUGAAACAGUAGACCCUCCUAAUCAUGUAGAUCAUGGCCAUGACCAAAUGGACAGCCAGGGCCACAUGAUGGAACCUGGACAGCCAUUGGUGACCCCUCCCCCAAGAGUUGCUACUACUCGCAGAGCUGCAACAGUCAAGACUUCAAGUCCAACUCUGUCAUCCUCCAACUCUACCAUGGAAGCCAAUACAACGGUUGCCAAUUCUACAUUAGCCACAACAACAUCCAACUCUACGAUGGCAGUGACCUGGGUGACCAGGAGGUUGACCCGCUCAUCAACAGUAUCUAACUCGACAGGGACGGUGUCUUCAACCAUAAGGAUGUCGUCGGCAAGAGCACUCCCGUCUGCAGAAACUCCUGCAUCUCCAGACAAGAGUACAGUGACAGUUCCAGAGCACCAGGAACCAACAGAUGAAAACAGUACCACACCUGUUGAGCUCCAUUCGACACAUCCACAGUGGACAUGGUGGGACUAUACAACAGAAGUAGUCACUGGUACGAAGACACCCACAACAAGAGCAGCAACCCUUACAACAAAACAACAGACAGCUCAAAUGCUGACAACUCCCUAUCCCCAAAGUACCACAAAUGCCCCACAGACAACAAGUCAGGUCCCUGUUCAAACCACUCGGCCUACUCCAGUCCAAACUCAGCCAAGGGCUACCACCACUUAUGCUUUACCUAUAACAUCUGAAACUCUUCCAACAACAAUGCCUACAACAGUAAGGUCAACCAUUGCAUCAACAAUUCCAUGGCACUGGCCCUUCCCAGCUACCACAAAAGCAACAACCUUGAUGUCCUCCACGAGUCAGGUCUCUAGACUCUCCACACUAACAGGAAACACUCCAUCUGAAGAGCAUCCCGUCAAGACUCCUACUCUUUAUCCAAUCACCACCCUGGCUCCUCCAGUUGCCAAUGCAUCCUACAAACUUCCCACCUACCUUCAGCUUCGCCUUAGUACCACCUGGCAGAGGUUCUGUCCAGGUAGUGAUAACGUCCAGCUAUCCCUUUCCAACUUUGCCCGUCAGGUCCUGGGCCAGUCUCCCUAUGACAAGGUGGAAGUACUGUACCUGAACGUCAGGGACCACUGCCGGGAAGCCAGAGUGAACAGAUUGAAAAGAACCCUGUUGUUGGUCGUGAUACCAGUUGAUUUCUUUGUCACUGUAAAUAGCUCCUAUUAUGAGAAUGCCACCCGGAAGGUUGGAGCUGAACUGAUUUAUGAUCAUUCCAUGGUCCAAGAUGACAUCCCUUAUCAAAUUAUCUCAGCUCAUAUGCUUGUUAUCAACAAGCCAGUCACCCCAGCCCCUCCAAGCGAUGGGAGUAGCCAAGGAGCUGUCAUUGGCGCAACUCUGACAGUGUGUGCUUUGGUGUUUGGUGUCAUUCUGUCUCUUGUGGGAAUGAAGGUCUAUCGAGUGCGCAAGUCCCAUGCCAGCAUCUCGGACCGCUAUUACUUUGACGGCAAGCAGCUCCAGGAUGCCCUUAGCGAGUCCCACCAGAUGGCGGGGGUCUCGCCCCAUGGAAGGGCUACCGGAGGGGGUGCCCACCCUACCCCAAGCUAUAGGGAGUAUAUCCUAGCGUCAAUCAACAAGGGACUGGUCAUGGAUGACGAGGAUUCGGCAGUAGAGCUGGAUGCGGUAGAGGCGUUGCCCUCACACACCCUAACCAGCAGUGCCCUUGCAAAGUUCUACAGCUACAGAGAGGCUAUUUCUGAGGAAUUUGAGAAUCUUCCUGGUCAUCACCUGAUUGCCUCGGACACCAAGAAGAAAAUGCCGGUUCCGAUGACAUCCAGACCAAGGUCACCCGUGAUCCACUCACCAGACCGGACUAGGGUACCCUUACCUCCUACUAGUCCAACCAGCCCUAGUAACCCAGGCACUAAACCAUCCGAUUUUGUGUUGGAUGCUAGUUUUAUCAGAGGCUAUGAUUCCAGUCACUGUAGCUAUAUCGGAGCCAGGGUGAGCGGAACAGACUCUAGUACAGCGUUCUGGAAAACAGUUUGGGAGCAGCAAUCCAGGACCAUUGUAUGCCUUUGUUCACCUUAUGAACUUGGAAAGGUGUGCCCCCAGUACUGGCCCACAAAGGAGGGAGGUCCAGGUACCCAGUUAUAUGGCAACAUUCUUGUGACCUUGAAGGGAGGAGCCAGUGGAGAACACUACUUCACAUCAUCUUUGCUCAUUAGGAAUGUGGAGAAAUCCUUAUGCAGACCCGUCACCCAUUACUGGUUUAGUAACUGGCUUGACGGAGAGAUUCCUGGAAGCCCACAAGCUCUGAUGUCUAUGCUUCUACAGGUUCACAAUACGCACCAGGAAAGCUAUGGACCUGUCAUUGUUCAUUGCAGCGAUGGGGUCGGUCGAACGGGAUUGGUGAUAGCAACGGAUAUCAACAUGCAGAGGUUAGAGGAGAAUCAUACCAUUGAUAUCCCUCACACAGUAUCUACUAUCCGCCAGGACCGCGGUCAAGCCAUCCUGAAUGUUGACCAGUAUGCCUUCAUCUACAAGACUCUGUAUGAAUUCUCAAAAUUCUUGAAUAGCCCUGGUGCAUUGGAGACGAGUGACACAGAAAGUGUGGUCCUUGAGAACCCUGAUGACAGUGUCAGCGAUACUUGCAAUGAGGAUCUCUCAUCACAAGGAACUGACAGCAGUCGAGCAUCCAGUUUUCUUGGUGACCUGUCCUCGAGCGUGAAACGCCGUCUUGCCCUCAAGUUCCCUUCACUGGGAAUCAGUCUGCCAAGACAACUAACCCCCACGUCCAGCCGCAUCUCUACCGGAGAAUUUGUCGUUAUCAACAGCCCGAAUUCCACAAAUUUGGACAUGAGUGUCGUGUCGGGAUUAAGUGAAUCGGAUAAGGGUGACAGGAACAGUUCAGUCUCCUCGCAUCAUUCGCCGUUCGAUCAAACUAGCUUUUGUACGCAGAAUGAUGUGUUUGCGAUAAGUCACAAUGACAGCACAAGGCUGGUUCCAAAAGGAAGUGGAAGACAUUUCACUGUGGGUCAAAGACCGUUAAAGAAGGAAUCCAGUAUUGCUACACCUAGACCCGUUUCAGCCUUCUGCAGGGGCAGUAGGGCCCUAAGUACUAGUGAAGGCUCCAAGGUAUAUGAGGACUGGAACCCUCAGUUUGGUCAGUCAGGCCAGUCCAACUUGCCACAGUCUCUGUCAUCUCCAAAGCCAGACCUCCGGGUAGCAGAACUCUCAAAAGGUAAUAGGAAGCGAAGUGCCACCUGUGAGUCUGGAAGUUUCAGCGAGAGCUUGGCCAGUACGAACCCUUUUAAAUUUGAAGAGUCCCCCCAUGAACUAUCAUCUCAUCACAUUCGUCAGACAUCAUAUCCAGCAGAUAUGAAUCCUUUUGGUUCGUCACAAAUUCUAACUCAAUCAGACAGUCCAUUUGUUUCCUGUCCGUCAUCUGUAUCCAUCCCAUCCACUACCCACUAUGAUACCUCAGAAAGCCAUUCAAAUUCUCAUCUAACCACAAACCCCUUUCCUAGUGAUGCCAGCUCCAGCAAUCCCGACAGCCAAUACCCAAAAGACAACAAUCCUUUUGAGUCUCCCAGUGAAUCUGAAGAUGCAUUUUUCCAUUCUGCAGAGAGUGGCUCUUCAGGCAACAGGGCGUUUGUCUUCACCUCGCAGCCCGACACGCUGGGGCACUUUGAACAACAGGGCACCUACCCCAAGGGAAUGAACCCCUUUGAUGAAAGUGGAAGUCUCCAGUUGCCUUGCAGUCAAAGAGGAAGCGCCAAUGUUUUACGCCUUUCACCUGUUCCUUCUAAACCAAACAAAUCCAAUCAUGGAGUGACUACACAACCUACCGCUGCCAGUCGUGGUCAGAAUCCCUUUGAUGAUGAUUGGAUGGACUCUGCCGAAGAAAGUUUCACAUAGCUUUGACAAGUUGGGAGCAUGCUACUUCCCACAGACUUAGUGCAAAUAUCAACCAGUGCCAGAAGGCAUUAAGUUAAUCUAGUGGCUGCUGAAUAUGAUGAUUCUCAUAGGCUGCGACAAGGAUCACCCAGUUUCAGAAGACAACAGGUUUAUAGAACGACACAAACUGUUGAGAUCCUUGAAGGACAUCUAAAAGUUUGUACAUAUAACAUCCAUGCAGUACUCCAUAUAUUAUCCACAUGUGCAUGUAUUUCAAGUGGAUUUGACUUUGAAAAAUUAGGUACCUUGUGAAAAGUCAGAACCACAUCUUUUGCGCAGAGAAUCCUGCAAUUGGCCUCUCAUUACCAAUUCUCACACUUCAUCAAAGAAAAAACAAUGAGCAAUGCGGGAAAGCCGCUAUGGAAAGAUGCAUAGUACCUACAUAGCGGGAUUCUUGCUAGAAGAUGUGGCACAGACCUUUGACAGUGUACAGUACCUCAUCGGUUUAUUUUCAUUGGUCCAAUUGCCAACUCAUCUGCUAUAAUUUGGUCUAUCAACAGUUCGUCCAAUAUCCACAUGGUCUGAUUGCCAUUUCGUCCACUCACCGUUUUGCCUAAUAAUCAGUUGGUCCAAUAGCCAUUUAGUCCAUAUACCAUUUGGUCUAAUUAGACUAAGUGUUAAUUGGUUAAAAUGAAUGAAAAUAAAAUGAAUAUUAGACCAACUGGUUAUGAGACGAAAUGGUAAUAGAUGAACUGAUGAUUAGACAAAGUGAUGAUUGGACCAAAUGGUUGUUAGACAAAAUGUUGGACAGAAUGGCAUUGGAAUAAGUGAAGCUACAUGUAGGCCCAUUUGGAGAGUGGAUGAGUUGGCAGUGGACAAGUUGGCUAUUUACCCCUCAUCAGUAUUGGAUACAUAUUUUUGCCCUUCAUCCAAAUAUUUCAAAGGGUGUAUCCAUUGAUACCUACCCUUUGUCAAUGUCAGUGGAAUUAUUUCGUCAUGCAUCUGUCGAUUAGAACAGUACUACAUCCAAUAUCAACUCAUGACAUAAAUUAAUUCAUUAUGUACAUCAUUCUAAAUGCAUUAAUUUACAUUUUUAAGUUUGUAUUUUGAAGGUGUGCUCCUAUUCCAGUUAAAAUGUCUGUUAAUGAAUAAUAAUAUAUAUAUAUUAUAUAAUUUAGCGCUAUAUUAUUUUGGUAUUGAUGAUGAAGAAUUGGAUCUAUUGACACAUACUUUUUGUUUGAUUGAUCCUAUACAUACAGUAAUGGAUAUAAUUCAUAUUCUUUUUUUUUUAAGCUACAUGUACAUGUGUAGGCCUAUUUUGCUGGUACCGUACCUCAUAUAAUGGACAUUUUUAUUGCAUUGAAAUCUCAUUACUUUGUAAUUGGUCGUCUGCUUCCCCAGAGCUUGAUUAAGCCAAUACAAUCCGAAAAUGCGCUCUAAAAUACAUGAAAAUUAGAAUGUAUUAUCCUAAAAAUGGAUGGGAGUGGAGGGGAGGUGAGCAACUCCAAAAAACUAUUUUGUGUUCAAAGUCAAUGCAAAUAGAGUUUUCUCAUCCUAUUCAUCAAAAUUACUGAAACAACUGAACUUAAUUGAUUUUAGCAUUAAAAAAUGGCCCCAAAACUUAGAAAAACAAAAGUUUUUAAAUAAAGAAAUGUGUAAAGAAAUUCAUGAAAUAAUAAAAUGCAGAAGAAAUUAAAUUUCUAACCAUUUUUUUUUCAAACAUGAAUAUUUACACCAUUAAAAAUCAGCAUUCUAGGAGCUAGGAAUAAGAACAAAAAGUAUGAUUUGUAAUCAAAUAAACAUUUAUAAUUAAUAUAAUACAAUGUUAUUUUUAAAAGUAAAUUAUAUUGCACACUAUCAUUGAGCAAAUGUUGGCAGCCGCGCUAUUGGGAAUCAAUUCUGAUUCUUUCUUUCUUCUGUUUUUAGAAACAAAACAACAAAUUUAGUUUUCCUGUACAGAUAAUGUAUUCUGUUAUCAAUGCUCAUGAAAAUCUAUGCAUGUUUAUUUUAGUGUGUGUGUGUAAAUUUUUGUUUUUCAUUUAUAUUUUAUGUACUAGUACAUGUAUUUUCCUCCAUGUAACUUCUCAUUGCUUAAAACCUUGCCAAAUAUGUGACAUAAUUUCAAAAUCAGAUACAUGUAUUGCACUGCUAUCAUUUUGUAUCUUUAUAUUCUUCCUUAUAGGCAGUUAACUUUUCAAUUCUAUGCAUUCUAUCAUUCUAGAUGUUUAAUUAAACAUUUUUUUUAAUUUUCAGAUACAGAUAUUUAAUAUACAUGUCCUUCCAACUUCUAGAUGAGACAGAUUGAUAUAUAUUUUUAAAUGAUAUUUUCAAGAAUAAGAAUAUUUUUCUGUCAUGAACUUGCUUGGGUGCUGCAAGAAAGAUGAUUUACAUGUAUGGACACAUUUUCAUUUUCAGAUAUUAUAUAAUCAAGACAGUAACAUUCUGCAUAUUUUGAAAAUAGUGUAAUAUUUUGUUGUACGAAGAAGUAUUCAUACAUUUAAUAAAAUUGAUCUAUAUUUUAUGC